GAGGUGAACGGAUGGACCUGUUUGCACUGGGCCUGUAAGCGGAACCACGCGGCAGUGGUGGCUUACCUGCUGCACGCCGGCGCCGACAAGGACAUCCUGACCAAGAAAGGAGAGAGGCCAGCCCAGUUAACAUCCAAGAGAGAGAUCAGGAAGAUGUUGGGAGUGGAAGAUGAUGAACUCCCAGACUUAAAGCAAGAUUCAGAUCUGCCAAUCAUCCCCAAUUAUCUGGCUAACCCACCUUUCCCUUACGUUUAUAACACCACGAGUAGCAGUAUUCCAGAUCCUGCUGUGAAUGGGAGUCUCUCCCACUUGGAUCCACAUGACACUGACUCCCCAUCCGUACCUGACACAGAGACUUACCGACGUGCACCGUUACAGCACGGGAGUGCUGCUCCCGAGGGGGCUGCUAAUGGGGACAUGCCACCACUGCCUCGAGGGGCUGCUGUGCCACCACUCUCCAAUCCUGUCCUCCAGAGAGCUCCUGUUUACCAGGGAUCAGUGUCUUGGAGCAGAAGUCCCUCUUCGCCAGCAGGAUCUAACCAGUCCAUUCCCCAGCAGGAGAACGGCUCCUGUGUGGGGCCUGUGCCAGCCUUUCAGCCUGUUUUCUUCACAGGAGCUUUUCCACUCAAUAUGCAAGAACUGGUGCUUAAAGUUAGAAUACAAAACCCUAAUCUUAGAGAAAAUGACUUCAUUGAAAUUGAACUGGACAGACAAGAACUGACCUAUAAGGAACUGCUCCGAGUGAGUUGCCGGGAGCUGGGAGUGAACCCUGAGCACGUACAGAAGAUCAGAAAAUUACCAAAUACAAUGUUAAGAAAGGACAAAGAUGUUGCAAGGCUACAGGAUUUCCAAGAACUGGAACUUGUUCUAACAGUAAGCGACAAAAACUUACUUUUCAGAGUCCCAACACUUUCUGAACAGAGUGGCUAUAACAAGAAGGCAUCAGAACUUACAUACUGAUUGCUUAAGGAAUCAAACAAGAUUGGUUUCUCUCAUUUUAAAAUUAAGUUAGAAAUACAAUAAGGGCUAAUGAUGUGAAAAAGAUCUAUUUUGUUAACCUUGAUAUAAACUCAAGUGUUUAUGCA